AUGCGUGCUAACAUUUCACCUCUGCAAUUUCCAAUUAUAACUGAGCCUCAAGUUAAACAAGCCAUUGUCGGGAAGUUGGACAUAAAUGACACAUCUAUUUCCGGAAUCGCAAUUGCAUAUCUUCCGGGUACUCUUGAGCUUACGGCAACAGUCACAGCAGCUUUUAAUCUCGAUUUAAGCCAAACGAUAUCGGACUUUUCUUUUCGUAGCCUCAAGACGGCACUAAGCUCUCUUUCUAUUGAAUUCAAUGGCACAAACUUUACUGUCUUCAAUGUAAUUAUGAGAUAUUUUAAUUGUCCUGUAAAAGAAAUCUUCCAACCCGAUGAGUAUACAUUGCAAGGAGAUGUAGUAACUAUCUCAGCUACUGGAGAAACGUUUCAAGAAAUUGACUUUUACACGAACGAAAUCAAUCUGACAAAUGGGUCUUACGUUCCCUCAGGGGUCCUUACAGUGUGCAAACAACCCGCGAUAAACUGUUCAGGGGUUUUCAUUCGAUUGACGAAGGACGAAUAUUUCAUUUCGUCAAACUAUUCUCUUUAUCGAAACGUUUCGGGAGAAGUCAUAAAGCCUGGACGGUUUCAUUUUAUUAAUGGAUAUCUAUGGUUUUGUGUAAACUUCUCUUCGAGUUACUCUUAUGAAACGCUGACGAAUGAUUCAACGAUGGAGGAAAUGGUCCCGGAGGUGCUAACUUAUGUCGGUCUCUCCGUCUCGAUUUUCAGUUUUCUGAUAGUCUUAGUGACUUAUUCACUAUUUAAAGAGCUUCGCACUUUACCCGGAGUCAAUUUGAUGAAUUUUUCUAUAGCACAUUUGUUUAAGGACUCACUUUUCAUUGCUUCUGGAUGCGGAUUGCCAAAGCUUGCAUGUACAAUAGUUGCCAUAACAAUGCAUUAUUUCUUAUUAGCGUCCUUCACUUGGAUGUCAAUUAUUGCAUUUGAAACGUGGAGGACAUUUUCCAAAAUCCGCAUCCAGCCCAGAAAUCCAAGCAGAAGGCAAAAGUGUGGUAACGUGCUAAGAAGAAUGGCUUGCGGAUGGGUCCCUCCGUUUGUUUUUGUCUUUGUGUGCGUAACUCUUGACCAGUCCCGCGCGGCCUCUUUUCGCUAUGGCGAGACUGGGACCAACAGCUGCUGGAUAAACAUUCCCACUGCAAAUUUGUUCUCGUUCAUUUUGCCAAUAGCUAUCGCCAUUUCGUUUAACAUUGUGUUCUUUGUCUUGACUGUGAUAGCUAUACGGAAAACAAACCAGCAGGCGAGAGAGGCAACUCACCACGCAGCGAAUCACAAAACUGCCGCGGUAUUUGCCAAAAUUUUUAUCCUGAUGGGGUUUACAUGGAUUCUUGGCUUCUUGCAGGGUCUGGUGUCGGAAUACUUUCGAUACCCGUUUAUCAUAUCAACAACUUUCACGGGACUGUAUGUUGCACUGGCGUUUGUGUUUACAUCACGAGUAAAGGGGCUUUGGCGCAGCUUGUGCGCUGACAACACUUCUGUUCCACCAACAACUCGUUACAGCAGUCAAGAUCGUGUAUAA